GAGCGCCACGCUUUUAGUUUUAUAAAAUUUUCUUUUCAUUCUAAAAAUAUUAACUAAAUCGCAUAAUUGCGUGUAUUUUUCCUUUAACGUAAACAGUAUGUGUAUUACGUGCAUAAGACAUUUAACAAUAUUAUUGUAAACAAAUAAAUAUAAAAGAAUUGUCAACGUAAUAGUGGGGAUAAAUAAUGAAAUAUUAUUGAUAAACAGGAAAUGUAAAAUCGUGGGAUAAUUUUUAACUUAAUAUACACCAACCUUACCAUCAAAAAUACAACUCUGUUUGUUUAUUCAGCAGCUCUGACAGCAGCUGAUAGCCAAACUGACAGCCAGCAAAAAAAAAACAUCUAGUUUUUCGGGCUGCCACAAAAAAACCGACAGACAGAAAAUAAACUAAAAUUUUCUGUAAUUUUUCAAAGUUUUUCUUCUUUUAUAAAGAAUAUAUAAUAAAACGAGAAAAUGCCCGAGGCUCGCAGUCCCUUGGCAGCCUUUGUUGAAAGUUUGCAUAAUAUGGUUGAUGGACCAGUAACAUGGUUUAGAGAAUCCAUUGUGGAACCCAACCAAAAGAAAUACGCCUGGUAUCAUCAACAAUUUCGCCGUGUACCCACCAUUGAUCAAUGCUAUACAGAUGAUGUAGUCUGUCGUUUUGAAGCCGAUCAACAAUUCCGUCGUGAUCGUAUGGUAGACAAUGAAAUUGUUACCAUUUUGCGUCAACGUUUUGAGGAUUGUACCAUGUACGAAGCUCCCGAUCAUGUAGAGAAAUGUAAACCCAUUUUGGAACAAUACGAAAAGGCUGCCGAAAACUGGUUUAUUAAAUAUGGUGAUUUGGGUGGUUACACUAAUGCCAAGGCUGCCUAUAUGAAACAAAAGCAUCGUCUUAUUUGGGAACGUCGUCAUGGUCCCGUUGGUAGUAAUAACAAAAAUGCCGCCUCUGCUGCAUCUGAAGAAUGAGUGAGCCUAUUAAAAAAGCUUGCUUAGAGGUGUAUGGUGUUAAGAUUUUUGGUGGACUAUGUCCGUUUGCCAAAAUUUUAGUUAAAUUUUUAUUUCUGUUUAAAAAUCUUUCCAUCGAUCAGCUUUGUUAACAACCAGAUACUGCUAAACGUAAAAUGUUCAAGUAAAUCCAAACAAAAAAUAACUAUAAACACAAUGUUAUUAGUAUAAUGAAAACAAAUCAUUAUAAAAAAUGUAAUAAAAACCAACAACUGUGAAUAUUUAAAAAGCAUUAGCAAAACCAGCAAAUAAUAUUGGAGAAUUUAAAGGAUUUGUAUUAAAAUUAAGUUAAAAGCAUAAAAAUAAUCAAGUGCAAGUAUUUAAAAAU